UUAAUAUCUUUUGAUUGUACAAACACUUAAUUUGUGAAAAAUGACAAUUAUGAAGAUGCUCAUGAUGUUAGUGGUGGCUACAAUUUUAUUUUGCAGCCACCACCAAGUGAUCGUAGCGAAAGAAGUCGCCGUGGUCGAUAAUGAAAACGAGUCACUAAGCUUCCCAUUUAAUGUUUUAUGUCAAUAUUGGUCUUGGCCACAACCAUGCCCUCCUCCACGGCCAAGACCAAGACCAAGACCAAGACCACGACCACGACCACAACCAUCCUCACCACCACCUAGAUCACCUCCACCUCCACCUCCACCACCGAGAUCACCACCACCUCCCGCCCCGGCAACGACCUGCUCGGCUAGUGACCAACAAAAGGUUAAGACAUGCAUGUUCGACACAACAUCAAUCGAUGCAUGUUGUCCGACAUUCAGGAGCAUACUAGGGACAAGUUGUCCUUGCUAUAAGUAUGCUGAGGAUUUGGACAAUCAGAUCUUGAUCACUCUCGAAGCUUAUUGUGAUGUCAGUACCCCUUGCAAGGGUGUGCAAGUGAUUAAGCUAUCCAAGGAUGAGUAAAGAUGAAGUGUAAUUUGAUGCUUAAUUCCACAUCUUGUAUUAGAUUAUUAUUUGCUUUUAAUUUCUCUUUUGUUGAAAUGUUUUUAAGCUAAUUAAUUACUAUGUUGUACUUCAAAUUUCUAGGGGUACAAUUGUAAUUGUGCGUCGGCAAUUUUAGUACUAAUAAAAGUAUAUUUUCUUGA